AUGGCUAUCUACAAACUGGAGGGUGAAGCUGAUCGCUGGUGGAAGAACACCGAGAUGAUCCUCCAGGAGAAUGCAACCCCUAUUACCUGGGAAGUGUUCAAGGAACACUUUAAUUUGAAAUACUUCCCACAGUCAGUAAGAGACGAAAAAGAGGUGGAAUUUCUGAUGAUUCAACAAGGUCCUCGAGAGUCCUUUGAUGAGUACCUAGACAGGUACAUGAGGCUCUCUCGUUACUCUAACUACCUCCAACUCCGCAAUGAUGAGCGGUGGAAAACAGAGAAAAUGGUAAGGGGACUAAGGCAGAAGCUGAGGGAGAAGGUAGCUCCACAGCAACUUGAAAAGUUUCACCAGGCAGUGGAAGCCUGCCGGAUUACUGAAAGUAGCCUGAACCACCAGGCGCUAGUCAGGGCUGCUCCUAGACCAGAAGGACCAGUAACAAGGAGCGGACCAGAGGGGACUUCUUUUGGAGGAAAUAGGAAAAGGCGAAAGCCUAUCUUUUCCAAGAAGUCUAAACGAGGAGGAGGAGUAAGGCAAGGAGGAAGCAGCACUACACGUCAGACCAAGGAAUGUAGCACCUGUGGUAAAAACCACGGAGAUCGACCCUGUUUGAUGGGUCAAAAUGUGUGCUUCCGAUGUGGCAAGCCAGGACACUAUAUAAGGGAGUGCCCCCUUAAUGUGGAUGGCUCGAGGCCCAAGCUCAAGGGAGGGUCUUUGCCCUCACAAAGGAAGAGGCUGAUAAGUCACCUGAGAUGA